GCCAUCAUUUGAGGAAUCGACUAGUGUUCCAAUUUGCUGUUCUUGUGAUCUUCUGUAGUGUCAAGAAGUCAAGCAACAUCCUCGAUGGCACAGGGAACCAUCGUAGCCACCCUUCUGGUGCUGCUUCUGGCUGUUUGCUGCACAACCACCCUCGUCCAUGGCAAGGAGUGGAUCGUCGACGACAAGGGGUGGACCAUUGGUAUCUCCGGCUGGGAGAACGGAAAGCGCUUCAAGUCUGGUGACGUGCUCGUGUUCAAGUACGAAUCAGCGAUGCACAACCUGGUCCAAGUGGAAGAACGCGACUACAACUCGUGCUUGGUCGUCGGCCCGUCGAAGUUCCACGACUCUGGCAACGACCACAUCCAACUCGCCGGCGGCAAAGCCUUCUUCCUCUGCAGCGUUAUGCGUCAUUGCGAGCAAGGCAUGAAGAUGGCCGUCACUGUCGAAUAGAUAGACAUGAUCCCUCUCAUGAUAGUACAUGCGCCCAUUAGGUAUCACGUAUAUGCGUGUCUUUUAUGCUGCAUGCUCUUAUGGUGAACCGGUGAUAGAAGAAAUAAGUUUGUCUCAGCGGUGUCUCUUCAUCAUAUUUUAAUGGCACAAUGUUAAACCAACUUCUAUUUGGAAAAGCUUAGUAUACGACUUCA